AUGGCUGAAAUUUGGUGCAGUUCAGUACUAAUCAGUAGUAAUGCUCGAUCGCCAGGUGGAAGAUUUCUAACAGAAUUUCUUCAUGAUUGGCCAACGCCUGGUACUGGACCAUAUUUUGAUACAUCUGUACCCACAAAUAUUACCGGUUUAGUUGGACAACCAGUACAUUUAUUAUGUCGGGUGAAAAAUUUAGGAAAUCGAACGGUAUCAUGGGUCCGUCAUCGUGAUAUACAUUUAUUAACCGUUGGCCGUUAUACAUACACAUCAGAUCAACGUUUUGAAGCUGUACAUGCACCACAUACAGAGGAAUGGACGUUACGAAUACGUUAUCCACAACCACGUGAUAGUGGAAUUUAUGAAUGUCAAAUUAGUACAACACCACCAAUUGGUCAUCCAUUAUAUUUAACUGUUGUUGAACCAAUCACAGAAAUACUCGGUGGUCCGGAACUAUUCAUCGAUCAAGGAUCAACAAUAAAUUUAACAUGUAUAGUGAAAUUUGCACCGGAACCACCACCAGGUUUAACAUGGUCACACAACAUGCGACAAAUUAAUUUCGAUUCACCACGUUCGGGUAUCGGAGGCGGAGGUGGUAUUAGUUUGGUAACUGAAAAGGGUACAGUGACUACCAGUCGACUAUUAAUACAGAAAGCAACACAAGCUGAUUCGGGUAUUUAUACAUGUACACCAUCAAAUGCAAAUGAAGCCACUGUACGAGUACAUAUAUUAAAUGGUGAACAUCCGGCCGCAAUGCAUCAUGGUAUUGGUGCAACAUUUACACAACGUACCUCAUCAUAUUUAACAUUAUUGAUGAGUGUAAGCAUAUGUUCAUGUAUAUUUUACACUGUUUAUACAUAG